AUGUUACAUGAGAAGCAAAGGCAUCUUUGUCUUACAGAUCUCCAUAACGACGACGACUACAAUGACGAGUUUGAUGACUUUGUGCCCUUUGGUGUUCGCGACGGUGGUAGUGCACACGACCAGGACGCCAUUUGUGAACGAAACCGCAAAAUGCGCGCACAGGAGGAAAAGGCAGCAUUUUGGGAUGGCAUAAAGAACCGCAAUCGUGAGAUUCCACUGAUUUUUGGAGAUGAUUAUAAAGACCGCGACAACAAAGAAGAAAAGGACGAUUUGGGCGAGCAAAAGCCUUGCCUGCCGAUGCCAGGUCGGCAACAGUAUCUUUCAGGCCUGAAACACAAGUCUGCACGACAAAAAGACAGUAAGCAAGCCGGUGAAAAGAAGCUUGACGAGCCUCUAACACCGCAGCAAAUCCAGCGCCAACGAGUAAGAAAAGACAAGAACAAGUCCAAGAUAGCAAACCACAAUUGA